UAACCGAUAUAAGUAUGAUUACGUUAUGUUAAGAACGGUUUUUACCCAUAUUAGCACCAUCAUCAACAACAACAACAACUUAACAACAACAACAAAACUGUCAAAAAUAAUAAAUGAUAUUCAAGAACCAGCUAUCAUGUCUACCAGCACAGGGUCUGUGAAACCACGCAGGACGUCUUUAAAACAGUCAAACAAUCAGAGUCAUGGCACAGUGUUGCUAAGAAACCCUAUGCCCAAAUACAGUUUUGAACAGAAAACCAAGAAAAACACAGAACAGUCAAAAUCGUCAACAAAAAAGGACAUAAGUGAGUCAAUUCAUGACAGUAUUAUAACAGUCACUGCAAAGGCAUUGGAGGAGUUAUCUUCAAGUGAUAAAACAAUGGAAAAUACCAAUGAACAAAUGCAACCUGUUUCUACAGCGACAUUCAAUCAAAAUAUUGGUAGACUCGUCAACUCUUUCCCACAGAAAAUGGUGGAAACUAGUCAAUCAAAAGAAAACGAUGCGUCUGCAGAAACAAGAAGCGAGAAGACGAAUGGAGUGAAACCAGUCAACAAAGUAGGACCAAUCAGUAAGCAGACAGUGAGUGUUACCAUGGCCCAUUCUGUUAGUGAACCAGUCAUACCUAUGCCAUCUGAUUCAAACUCUAAGCAUGGGGCUGUGAUCAAUACUAACAGAGUUCAAAAUAUUGAUGACAGUUCAGAAAACAGUGCGGACAACAUGUUAAGAACGGCAUCUGGUACAAGAGCCUCCUUGUCACUCGAAGACCAGUCUGCUUCAGAGUCUACUGAGACUGGUACCUUUACCGAGAAAACAGGUGCUUUGUCUCUAGCUGGAAACCAGUCUGUGUGCGCUGGUAUUAAGCCGUCUGCAAACUGUAAAUGCUCAGAGAAGGUAAAGCAUUUGGAAGAGGAGAAACAAAUGCUGAAAAACCAAUUGGAAGUGCAACUGCAGGUGAACCAGGAGCUGAAGAAGCUGCUGGUGGCCUCGGUGGGCGAGGAUCUACAGCACAGAGUGGAGAGACUCACAAGAGACAAGGCGUUGCUGUCCCAGGAGGUUGGUGACUACUCCAAGAGACUCUGUGACGACUAUGAACACCUGGACAAGAUCUCUAUACAGGCAGACAUGUGGCGCAGCAAGUACCUUGCAUGCAGGGUGAUGGCAGACGAGCUAGCCUCGUCGAAGGCGUUCUACGUGAUGCAGCUGCGUGAGUGUCAGUCGGCCAUUGAGAAACUGCUUAGUGAACGUCACCAGCUCAGGGCAAAUCUCUACGACUCCUACAGGGGCCUGCAGCAGAUUCAUGAUGCCUUUGACCCCCUCCACUCCCAGGCCUCUGUAGGGCCACGCCUCCUGACCUCCAAGAACUGCCUGGACCUAGCCAGGACCAAUCAGCACCUAGUGGAGGCCAUCAAGUACCGCCUCCUGCCCAGUCAUGUGACCAGCGCUAUAAAUAGUAACAUGGAACCAGACUGGCAUGACUAUCUCACGCAGGCUGAGUCACACGCCAAAGAGAUUCUCUCUCGUGAGAUGCGACCUGAAGAUUUCCGAUGCCUGGCAACCUCCCAUCGUCUGGCCCUGAAUGCCCCGGGGGUCAUGUCCGUGGACAGGUUCCACCCUUGGGCCAACUUUGACAACCUCACACUGAAUGACCCAAGCCUUAGAAACAACUGACCUUACCACGAAAGGUUUUGAUUAAAUUGAAGCAUCUUUGUAUUUUCAUAAAUGAUCCUUUUUAUGAGAAAACAUGUUUAGUGCAUGUGCAGGAUGUGUGGUCUGAAGCAACCUGUGCAUUCUACACAGGCUAAUCAGGGACGACACUUUACUUAUAAGAGACUUCCGUUAAACGAAAAAUGCAGACUGCAUAAGCUAAUCUGGGACGAAACUUUAUGCAUAUGCAUUAAUCCGUUUUCUCAGAGUGAGAAUCACAUAUGAAUAAUUAAAUAUGUAGCUGUUUACGCUGUUUUAUAUUGUAUCCUCAUAUUUUUAGCUCACCUGUCACGAAGUAACAUGGUGAGCUUAUGUGAACGUGUGAUGUCCGGCAUCGGUAUGUGCGUGCGUGUGUGCGUCCGUCAACAAUUAGCUUGUGUAGACAGUAGAGGUCCAAGUUUUCAUCCAAUCUUUGUGAAAUUUGGUCAGAAUGUUUAUCUUGAUAAAAUCUGGGUUGGGAUUGUAUUUGGGUCAUCUGGGGUCAAAAACUAGGUCACUAGGUCAAAAUCUAGGUCAAAUAAUUGAAAAACCUUGUGUAGACUAUCGAGGUCGCAGUUUUCAUCCAAUCUUAUUGAAAUUUGGUCAGACUGUUUAUCUUGAUGAAAUCUGGGUUGGGAUUGUAUUUGGGUCAUCUGAGGUCAAAAACUAGGUCACUAGGUCAAAAACUAGGUCAAAUAAUAGAAAAACCUUGUGUAGACAAUAGCGGUCGCAGUUUUUAUCCAAUCUUUAUGAAAUUUGUUCAGAAUGUUUAUCUUGAUGAAAUCUGGGUUGGGAUUGUAUUUGGGUCAUCUGGGGCCAAAAACUAGGUCACUAGGUCAAAAACUAGGUCAAAUAAUAGAAAAACCUUGUGUAGACAAUAGAGGUCGCUGUUUUCAUCCAAUCUUUAUGAAAUUUGGUCAGAUUGUUUAUCUUGAUGUAUUCUGGGUAGGGAUUGUAUUUGUGUCAUCUGAGGUCAAAAACUAGGUCACUGGGUCAAAUAAUAGAAAAACCAUCAACAAUUUGUUUGUGUAGACAGUCGAGGUCACAGUUUUCAUCCAAUCAUUAUGAAAUUUUGUCAGAAUGUUUAUCUUGAUAAAAUCUGGGUUGGGAUUGUAUUUGGGUCAUCUUGGGUCAAAAACUAGGUCACUAGGUCAAAAACAAGGUCACUAGGUCAAAUAAUAGAAAAACCUUGUAUAAACAGUAGAGGUCGCAGUUUUCAUCCAAUCUUUAUGAAAUUUGGUCAGAAUGUUUAUCUUGAUGAAAUCUGGGUUGGGAUUGUAUUUGGGUCAUCUUGGGUCAAAAACUAGGUCACUAGGUCAAAUAAUAGAAAAACCUUGUGUAGACCAUAGAAGUGACAGUUUUGAUCCAAUCUUCAUGAAAUUUGGUCAGAAUGUUGUCUUGAAGAAAUUUGGGUUGGGAUUUUAUUUGGGUCAUCUGGGGUCAAAAACUAGGUCACUAGGUCAAAUAAUAGAAAAACCUUGUGUAGGCAAUAGAGGUCACAGUUUUCAUCCAAUCUUAAUAAAAUUUGAUCAGAAUGUUUACCUUGAUAAAAUCAUGGUUGGGAUUGUAUUUGGGUCACCUGGGGUCAAAAACUAAGUCAAAAGGUCAAAUAUUAGAAAAACCUUGUGUAGACAAUAGAGGUCACAGUUUUCAUCCAAUCUUUAUGAAAUUUGGUCAGAAUGUUUAUCUUGAUGAAUUCAGGGUUGGGAUUGUAUUUGGUUAGUCAGGUGAGCGAUUCAGGGCCAUCAUGGCCCUCUUGUAUGUUAUUGUGCAUAUUGGUUGCUUUUUCUGUUUGUGUCUACUGACUGUUGUUCAGAUUCUGUGAUAUGCAGUUUUAUUUUAAUGGUCCCAGGUCAUCACAUAAACCAAACAAGUAUAAUUGAUACCAUACCAACUGUGUCAUGCGAAAAUGGGUCUAAUGCCACAUGGUGCAAGCGUAGUUUCAGGGGAGGCGGAAAACUACAACAGGCGAGGCAUGGUCAGGGGUGAUAACCCCAAAAAAGGGUUAGGGUAAGGGUUAGGAUUAGGGGUCGGGUUAGGGUUAGGGUUGGGUUUAGGCUAACCCAAACCCUAACCCGACCCCUAACACUAACCCAAACCCUAACCCUAACCCUCUAACCCCCCCCCCCCCUUGCGCAAUACCAUACCAUGCCUCGCCCGUUGUAGUUUUCCGCCUCCCUAGUUUCAGACCAGAUUGUGCCUUUGCGCAGUCUGGUCGGAGCUACCCUGUUUUCUAUGAAGUCAAGCAAGGUUUUGUGGUCUCAUUAGCAAACCGGUCAGCUCCUGAUCAGUUUGCACAAUACGCUGACCCAUUUGCAUGGGACCCAUUUUUGCAUGGCACAUCUCAUACCAUGUAAAGGUGUUAAAAACUAUUCAUGCAUGUCGCUUCUCUCAUUUAUGCAAUUAAAACACGACAUACUAUUAUAUGUGAAACAUGGUUAUAUAAACUUUGUAUUCAGAAAGAAUGUAAAACUUUGUACUAGAUAGUUUAUCAAAUCAAAAGUAUAUAAUGUAGUCUGUAUGCAAUUAUGACAGAAAAUUAUGUUUUAAGAUACAUAACAGAAUGUGUUCCCCAAUUACAAUAUUAAUAUCUUUAUAUAAAAAUGUAUAACUGUUUCUGUUGAAGAUUUUUUGCCUAUGUUGCUCCAAUUAAAAACAAUUUAAAUAUGUUUAGUCUUGUAAACACAUUUUACUUAAAAUGGUUUAACUUAAACAACUAUAACAGAUGCAAAGUUUUUUUUAUGGUAUAAAUUAUUUGAAUCUAUGUAUUGAACAUAACUUGCAUUAUCUAGAUUGUACUUACCAUUUUCAUGUAGUAUGUUGGUGAAAUGCUUUGAUAAGUUGUUAACUGAAACAAAAUAAAAUAAAAAUUGAUAAUUC